AUGGGUGAAGAAAGUACACUUUCGACUGAUACGACCUUCAAUCGCGAGCUCGAGCCCGGGGUGAUCAGCAAUGAAAUGCUUACCAAAGCGAUAAUGGAGCAAGGGCAUAAAGGCGAAGCUGGUCGCCUGGCCCAACUUAGCCAGCUACAGCUGGAGACGGUUACUGUGAUUCGACUAGAGUUUCAAAAUAUUUUAAAAAUCGAUCAUCUGUGGGUGAUGAAAAAUCUGGAAGUGCUCUCACUGUCUUUCAACAAGAUAGACAAAAUCGAAAAUCUUUCGCGCUUGCCAAAGCUAAAAGAAUUAAACCUUUCGUUUAAUUACAUCGAAAAAAUGGAGAAUUUGGAUAAAUUGGAAAAUUUGCGCAUACUUUCCCUAUACGGCAAUCGUAUCUCACGCAUUGAGAACAUCGACAAUCUGGAGCGGUUGGUAAUUUUCAGCGCUGGGAGGAACAACAUCAAAACGUUGGAAGGGUUGGAACGUUUGAGGUUCUUGAAAGAACUAAGGUCGCUAAAUUUAGCAGAAAAUCCUAUCGCCCAAGACACCUCCAAGCCGCUGCGUUUGUAUCUGGCUACGUUAUUGCCGCAGCUGAAGUACUACGAGUACAUACUUGUACGGCCAAACGAGCGUGACGCUGGGAAGGAUAUAUUCCAACGAGAGCUGAUCGAUAUUCUGGAACACGAGCGCAUUGAAAUCAUCGAACGAACGAAUGCUGCCAAGGAACGGGAUGAUGAAGUUAGAUUAUCCAAGAGCUUUGUGGAGCAUUUGAACGGCCACCAACUGUUUGAUUCCUUGUUCGAGGGCGAUUCGGAAGGAGAGGCAUUGUUGAGCAUCGGGAGUGAAGCUAUGGACCUGAAGGAUGACUACCGGAAUGAAGCGUACGUGUUCACGCAAAGUAUCUACAAAAUGGGGUUGGAGCAGCAGGAAAAGCGACAAGCGGAAAUCGAACUCUACAGCCGCUGCAUUACAGACGAACGGAAAAAGGCUCAGCUGAUGGGACAAAAAAUCAUAAGCAACUUUUUGCAAUCCUUCAACAAUCUGCACGUGCUUGCCAAGGAGAUUGUUGUUGGCCUGAGGGGAAGAGACUUAAAUAGUAAAACAUAUAACGCUGAGACGGAAAAACUUCUUGAUGAGCUGAAUCUAUGCAAGAGCGGUUUCAACUCUUUGUUUGAAGAUACGUGGCAUACGCUCAUGGGGAUAGAAAUGCAACUGUUUGAGCGAACGGAGGAAGGAAAUUCUACUUUCGAAAACACCAUCAAAGAAAUGACCAACGAGUUUAUCGAACUAGCGCAAGCCCAGUUCGUCUUGUUACGAGAGGCCGAGAUCAACUUCAGCGAUGCUCUCGUUGACACUGUUCAGCAGUUUGUAACAUUUAAGGCGGCCGCGGGGCAAGCAGACAAGUUACCAGAGGUUUUGAAAGAGUCAUUAGAUGAUAAGGACGUGAUAAGCAACAUGGCAGCAGGGAUGCGUGAUCAACAUAUGCAACUGAUCGAUUCUCGUGAGGAUAAACUGAUCACCCGUAGCCGCAACUGGGUCAAGGAGCUGUGUGACGAUCUGCAAAAUUCCGAAAUCAUACGUAAUCGCGCUAAAGUGCUGGAAAUAACGUACUUCCUGGACCAACAUCGUCAGACUUUCAUGAGCGCCGUGGACGAGGUGGCUAGUAAAUUAGAAGUUUAA